AUGUUCCCGUUCCUCUUCCUGACGAUAUCUUUACUCCUACCUUUCAUCGUCAAGGCCUACAAGAUCGAUGCAUCUUGCGAAGAAAAGGGUAUAGCAGCGGACGUCCGAGCUGCCAUGGGAUCAGCGAUCCAGAUGGUCAACGCAGCAUACACUACAUUAGCAAAGCCUUCAGUUUUAUUGAGUGAUGAUGAGGUCGAGCUGAUCAGGAAUCUAUUCGCAAAGGACGGCUUGGAGCCAGCCCAACUUAUCGAUGACGGCAAAAUGGACAAAACGAACCGACUGUUGUAUAGUAUUCAGCACAAUAUGGGGCAAGAGGUGACAGGGUCGAACAGUGUGCCUGAUACUGACGUGAUCAUCUAUUGCCACUACGACCGCUGGGUACCGGUGGAGGGGAAGGCGAAUCUCUAUGAAGAUACAACAAAUGGUUACAAGCUCAAGCUCAAAGAACUGUCGUGUAGAGGUUCGACGCUUGACAGAGUUGCUCUGGCAGUCACAACCAAUCCGCAGAUCACGACUGUGUUCGAAGCCCCACCAAAUCACCCAGAGGGUGCACCACCUCCUACAAGAUUCAAGAGACUGCCCAGCCAAAUCCAGCUUUGUUUGUGGUUCGUGGAUUGGAUCAAGCAGAAGGAGCAGAAGAGCGCAGACGACGUGAAACGGCGAACAAGGAUUGGCAGAAAGCUCAUCAACCAGGCACAGGCAAAUGGCCGGACUUGGGGCUUGGGCCUGAACCAGAUUGGUACGUCGUACUUUGAUACAUUCUCGAACAGUGUCUAA